GCCCUUGUGAUGUUUAUUGCAUUGUCAUGAGAGAAUUUGAAAUAUUUGUAACAAAUAUUUGACCUGAUCUAUUCCGAACUCACUAGUUUUCUAUAGACAAUCGUUGGCCUCGCCUUUACGUGUUGAAAUAUAAACGUAGGCUUGAAAAUAUGAUAAUUGGGUUUAUUUUCAACAUUUUAUGAGUUGAUUGGUAUCAAAAUAAUUUUUUACCCACACGCAGAGCAGCCAUUACGACAUUAGUUAUUUGGAGUGGGGGGGAGCACUAGUUAUUUGGAGUGGGGGAGAUCACUCUUGUUGAUCGCAAAACAAAUGAUCUCCCCAGCCAUUACACUUCCAAAGUGAUCUAGUUUUAAUUGAUCGCAGUUAAUUGUGUACUCUAGACAAGGCUAAUUGAAGCCAAGCACGCCAAUACGUUGAAUCCAUUCAGUCCACUGCCAGGCCAGCUUUGUGACUUAAUUGUGUUCGAAGACUUUUAACACUUCGUUAUUUGAGAUGGAAGAAACGUGUAUGGGAAAUACUUGAAAACCUGACCUGCUAAAUUUAAAUAUAUAUAAAAAAAAGGAAAAGAUUAAAGAGAAAUGGGCGGGGAUAGAAUGAAAAGAUUUAUGAACUCCUGUUCGAACACAUAGAUUUACUCCUUCUUUUAAUUUAUUACUCCCUUUUGUGUAACGGGAGGUAUCAAAAGUGGCCAGAUUUUCAAUAACCCCCAAGGCAAACCUAUACAUUGUCUCGGCUGGUUUCGAAUGAUAUUAGUUUCAAAUCCAGUGACUGACUGAAAUUACAGUCCGCGACUCCGCAUUUGUUCUUUGCGUCUCAAAGCACGCCUUAAAGCGAAGAGUGACACACCCAUAUACAUAUAACAAGGAUGCAGGAGACAGAAAGAGUUGUCCCUCUUGACAUCGCCCAGCUGAGAAAAACACAGAGGAGAGUCGCUGCCCUUCUUCAGUCUGUGCGAAAUUCGGGAGAUCUGUCUACAGGUAAACACAAAAGGUCCAGUUUGACUCAGGCCUACAACAAACUAGACCCUAGACAUGAUCAGGACAAGUGGGGCUAUUCUCCUCGACCCCCGAACCCCAGUGCGGCAAGCCGGGACUCCUACGGCAACACCAGAGAAAACACCUACAGCGAUAUCAGGAGGUUAAUAAACACCAUGAAACCAUCGGCACAGCCAGACCAGGGGAGCAGUACACUUCGGACCGGUCUCCAUGACGGUCAGCUACAACCUCCGCUGACCAAUGGCACCAGCAGGGUCACAAGUCACGUGAAACGGAAUACUGAGUCAGAUGUGAACAAUGGCUACCUUUCGUCAUCAAGACUUCCCGAUGUCAACCUAAAUGAAAGAAGUGAUGAUGUCCCAUCUGACAGUAAUGCGAACAUUGAUCGGCUCCGGUUUCCUGAAAUCGACAAAGCUGGCAGCCUUGUUGGCACAAACAAUGGGCCUGUUGGCAGGGGAGAUAACCUAAAAUAUAAAGGAAGUUUUUCCGAAAGAAUGCUCUCCCCGAUCAAGGAUACCCCAGUGGAAAGAAACUUCAGUUUUAUUUCAGAGAAAACGGGAGGUUCUCUCAGAAUGGACGAAGACUAUGUACCCAUGCAGAUUACCAUUACAAAACUGUCUGAUGCUGACCAGUAUGGUGCUUCUGAUGACCAUACAGGCUGGACACUAGAUAACCCAAUGAAAAAAUUGGACGGUGCAAAUAGUCCAAGCAGUUCCGGAUCUAGCUCUCCAAUCAAUUUCAUGGCGAGGCUGGGCUCUGCCAGUUGGUGCACGUGCGCCAGGUCAGACAAGGCUACCACUCCCUGCACGGAGUGCCGCAGAAUAGGCGGCCACGAGAAAUGGUGCGUGUCUGCGUCGGGUCUUUGUCAGCACUGCAGAAAACCGGUGAAGAGACUCGGCACAAGACAGAGGCGUCUCCCAGAAAUCAGGAAUAACAGAGGCAGUGAAGAGGCUGAGGACGAGCUGUCAGGCUUCCAAAUCAAGAACAAAUCCACCUCCAGGAUAGAGAGACAAAGACAGAGAGAACAGAGAGAAAGGUUCGAACACGAACUAAAUCGAACAUCUCCAGGAGCUCAACAGAAUCAAAGAGUUCGCUUCGAGGACGAAUCGGAUAAAAAUAAACUCCAGCAGCCUGACGUCGGGGCUAAUGCUUCAGACGCCUUCCUAGGUGACACCAAUCACAAGAAGAGCAUGGUCGCUGGCAAAGCUAGAAACCCCAACGACGAUCAAGUUGUCAGAAUUCCCAAGCUUGGUGUCAACGUCCAUAAAACGGCCUACAUUCUGGCUCUGCAUGACUCCAUGGAACAAACCGCGAAGAAAAAAUCGAAAGUCAAAGACAAAAAGAAACACCGACUUCCGCAAGAGAGUGAAACCAAAGGGACAGUAUUCUCCUAUUUUACUCUAUUAAAAAGACCGCAUUCCGAUCCACCUCACCCACUGAACAUUGGCAUCAAACAAAACUUUGGCGCUGUUGUCAAAGACGGGAUGAAACAUGUGUUUGGAAGCAUCAAAUUCGCAGAUUAUUAUCCCGGGGGUAAAAGGUGGAAAGAAUUGUACGAAUCUUAAAACAUUCUGUAAAUUUAAGUGUUAUAUAUUUACGGGGGAAAAUUAGAAACCAAUAAAGAAAACUGUAAUUGUUAAAUCGAUCUUCGUGGGCAAUCCCAAGGCUUGAUGGGAUUAGCCAUCAUCACUAACGGCAAGCAGGGGCUACAAGUUCAAUGCUGAUCGUAUAGACAGCAUACAAAUUAGUAAAAUAUAAAGUAUAUCUGGUUCACUUCUUUUGAACAACUAAAUAGGUUAAAAUAUCAGAUUGCACCAGGGCCGGACUUACGCAUAGAUAAACUAGGUAGCCGCCUAAGUGCCUCCGAUUGAUGGGGACCUCGCAUGGAGCUCUAAAAUAAUUUUUUAGAGAAGAAAUAGCUUGACUUGUGCCCAAUGCUAUUGUUGGAGUGCACUAGGUUAUGGAAACAGAUGUUGGGACAGUUGGAGAGACUCGUCAAGAACCGAGACGCCUGGAGGAAGCUGGUUGGUGGUCUAUGUGGCCUAUGAGAUGACAAUAGGUUUUAAAUAAAUUGCGACUUUUUAAAAUAUUUAUUUAUUCUUUAAUUUUCUAUUUCCCAUGGGGCACCUAAUUCCUUUUGCAUAGGGCCUCCUAUUAUCUAAAGCCGGCUAUGUUUCCCACGCGGAUGGAAGUAAUUAUUUAAAGGUAAACUUUUUGAUUUUGGCAAAAUCCUCUUAUAAAACGCAUUAAAAAUGUCUAAUUACUUUGAAGAAUAUGUUCCAUAUACAAUAACUGUUCUAUAUAUGUGUGAAUAGAACUGCAACUAGUAGUUAAUAAGAUUAAUAAUCAUUCAUGUAUUUAUUGUAUAAUGAUUAAUAUAUAUGAUGACUUUGGUUUGUUGAACAAACUGAAUAAAGUAUUGAAGUCGAAA